AUGAACGCCCACCAGGCCCCCGUGGCCCAACCAGUGACCGUGUCCUUCCGAGAGCUUGUAGCUGGCCCCUUCUCCCCCAACAUUCUCACAGAAGCUUUCGGGCCCUCGUCCCUGGGCAUCCUUGUCGUGUGCCAACUGCCUGAGAAGUUUGUCCACCUACGAAAGCGAGUUCUGUCCAGUGCAUCUUAUCUGGCAGCCCUAUCCGAGGCCGAGCUCCAAUCUCUUGAAAGCCCCGAGUCCAAGUACCUUGUCGGCUGGUCCUGUGGCAAGGAAACCUUGAAAUCAGGGCAAUUCGACACCCUCAAGGGCUCUUACUACGUCAAUUGCGCCUUCCACCAAGAUUCAUCCUUGGACAGUGCCCCCGCAGACGGCUUCCCCGAUCUGCCACAAUACACAGCCCCAAACAUCUGGCCGCCUUCAGACCGGCUCCCCGGAUUUCGCAGCGAUAUCGAGGAGCUCUGCUCUCUGAUCAUCCAGGUAGCUACGCUUGUUGCCAAUGCCUGCGAUCGCUAUGCCGAGAACAACAUCGAAGGCUACACGCCCUUUUACCUCCGGCACGUGGUCGAGACAAGCUUCACCACAAAAGCGCGUCUUCUGCACUACUUUCCCUCCGAAAACGACACCGAGGAGAAUGCCAGCGACGAUGACUGGUGCGCUACGCACGUUGAUCACGGCUGCUUGACCGGUCUCACGUCCGCCAUGUUCCUCGACGAAGCUGCCACCCCGCCCGUCCUCGAGUCUCCCGACCCGGCAGCUGGUCUAUACAUCGAGUCCCGCACGGGGGAAAUUGUCAAGGUCAAUAUUCCUAAAGACUGCCUCGCUUUCCAGACCGGGAAGGCGCUGGAGUUGAUUACCCGGGGUAAGUUUCGGGCGGUUCCUCAUUUUGUGAAGGGCGCUCGGCGCACUGGUCGGGGGAGCCGGAUUGCGCGGAAUACGCUGGCGGUGUUUACGCAGCCGAAUCUGGGCGAGGAGGUUGAGCCUGGCUUGACGUUUGGGGAGUUUGCGAGGGCGACUGUGCAGAAGAAUUACUAG